AUGUCUUCAGAUAAAGAUGUUAAAACUAAAGUUUUAAGUCUCCUUGAAGAUAGUAGACCAGAUAAAGAUGUUAAAACUGAAGUUUUAACUCUUGACGCAGGUCUCCUUGAAGGUGGUGGGCAAGUUAUUCGAAAUUGUAUAGGCUUGAGCUAUAUUAUUAGCUGUUUGUUAAAUAAACCGGUAAAAUUAUUAAAUGCUAGAGCUAAACGCAAAGAUCCUGGUUUAAAACCUCAGCAUGCAUCUGGACUUAAACUUAUGCAAGAUCUUUAUCAAGCAGAAUUGCAAGGAGGCAACAUCGGAUCCCAAGAAAUAUAUUUUAAACCAAAUGGAGUAAACACUAGUGACACUUUCAUAGCUGAUACCCAAACAGCAGGGAGUAUUACAUUAUUGAUUCAAAUUUCCCUACCAGCCUUAUUAUUUUCGGCUCCACCACCAAAAAAAAAAUUGUUUCUUCCACCAAGAUCCAAAAAGGUUAUACUCAAAGGUGGAACAACCGUUAUUGCUUCUCCACCAAUUGAUUUUUUGAUAGAGGUAUUUAAACCUAUCGUAGAACGUGAAUUUGGAUUGCAUUUUAAUAUUAACGUAGUAGGAAGAGGAUAUUAUCCUCAAGGUAAAGGAGAAGUAGUGUUACGGGUUGAUCCAAUCGUUGAAAGAACUCUAAAACCAUUAAAUUUGGUCGAUCGUGGAGAAAUCACUAAAGUUAGAGGACGCGUUACUAUUGCGAACAAGUCGAAACAAAUUGGAAAACGAAUGGCUACUGCCGCGUCUGAAGUAUUAACAGAAGCAGCUUUACCUGAACUUGAAAAUAUUCAAUUCGAUAUAGAAAUUAAUUCUGAAAAGAUCAAUGCUGGAAAAGGUUUAAUUAGAUUAUGGGCAGAGACAAGUACUGGAUGUAUUAUAAGUGGAAAUGAUAUAAAAGAAACACCUGAAGAAGUAGGGAAAAAUGCGGCCGAAAAAUUUAUACGAAAUAUUAAACAUGGAGGAUGCGUAGACGAACAUCUACAAGAUCAAUUAAUCAUUUUUAUGGCAUUAGCUGAAAGUAGAUCAAAAUUAGUUUCAGGUCCUAUAACUUUACAUACUCGUACAGCCAUACAUUUUAUUGAAACUAUGUCAGGUGCAAAAUUUCAUAUUAAAAAACUCGAUUCAUCUGAAUCAUUAGUAAAUAUACAAGAUAAUUCGCUAGAUUGGGAUGAAGGCAUGUAUUUGAUAGAGUGUGAAGGAAUUGGUUUAAUGGUCUCAGAAUAA